GGCUGAAGAAGAGGCUCACUGUCCCCGGACCUUCCUCUUCCCUCCGCGGCCUCAGAGAUAAUCUGAAAAUGGUCCGCUACUCUCUCGACCCCGAGAACCCGACCAAAUCAUGCAAGUCGAGGGGCUCCAACCUCCGAGUCCACUUCAAGAACACCCGUGAGACGGCUCAGGCCAUCAAAGGCAUGCACAUCCGCAAGGCCAACAAGUACCUGAGGGACGUCAUCGUCAAGCACCAGUGCGUCCCUUUCCGUCGCUACAACGGCGGAGUUGGCAGGUGUGCCCAGGCCAAACAGUUCGGCUGGACGCAGGGACGCUGGCCCAAGAAGAGCGCAGAGUUCCUCCUGCACAUGCUGAAAAACGCUGAGAGCAACGCUGAGCUCAAGGGUCUGGACGUGGACUCUCUAGUCAUCGAGCACAUCCAGGUCAACAAGGCCCCCAAGAUGAGGAGACGCACCUACCGCGCCCACGGACGCAUCAACCCCUACAUGAGCUCCCCCUGCCACAUCGAGAUGAUCCUGACCGAGAAGGAGCAGAUCGUCCCCAAACCAGAGGAGGAGGUCGCCCAGAAGAAAAAGGUUUCACAGAAGAAGCUGAAGAAGCAGAAGCUGAUGGCACGGGAGUAAAAACUAAUAAAAUGGAAAAGUUGUUAUCA